GCGCGGGGGGCGCGGCGGCCAAGGCGGGCGGCGCCGCCGACAUGACGGACAACAUCCCGCUGCAGCCGGUGCGCCAGAAGAAGCGGAUGGACAGCAGGCCCCGCGCCGGGUGCUGCGAGUGGCUGAGAUGCUGUGGUGGAGGCGAGCCCAGGCCGCGCACUGUCUGGCUGGGACACCCCGAGAAGAGGGACCAAAGAUAUCCUCGGAAUGUUAUCAACAAUCAGAAGUACAAUUUCUUCACCUUUCUUCCUGGGGUGCUGUUCAACCAGUUCAAGUACUUCUUCAACCUCUACUUCUUACUUCUCGCCUGCUCCCAGUUUGUUCCUGAAAUGAGGCUUGGCGCUCUGUAUACCUACUGGGUCCCCCUGGGCUUCGUGCUGGCUGUCACUGUCAUCCGAGAGGCGGUGGAGGAGAUCCGAUGCUAUGUGCGCGACAAGGAGGUCAACUCCCAGGUCUACAGCCGGCUCACGGCAAGAGGGACAAUGAAGGUGAAGAGUUCCAGCAUCCAAGUGGGAGAUCUCAUCAUCGUUGAAAAGAACCAGCGGGUCCCUGCUGACAUGAUCUUCCUGAGGACAUCAGAAAAAAAUGGGUCUUGCUUCUUGCGGACGGAUCAGCUGGAUGGGGAGACGGACUGGAAGCUGCGGCUGCCUGUGGCCUGCACACAGAGGCUCCCCACGGCCGCCGACCUUCUCCAGAUUCGAUCCUACGUGUAUGCAGAAGAGCCAAGCAUCGAUAUUCACAACUUCGCAGGGACUUUUACCAGAGAAGACAGUGACCCGUCCAUCAGCGAGAGCUUGAGCAUCGAGAACACGCUGUGGGCUGGCACGGUCGUGGCCUCAGGUACGGUUGUGGGAGUCGUCCUCUACACCGGCAGAGAGCUCCGCAGCGUCAUGAACACCUCGAACCCGCGCAGUAAGAUCGGCCUGUUUGACCUGGAGGUGAACUGCCUCACCAAGAUCCUCUUUGGCGCCUUGGUGGUGGUCUCAAUGGUCAUGGUGGCCCUGCAGCACUUUGCUGGCCGCUGGUACCUGCAGAUCAUCCGCUUCCUCCUCCUGUUUUCCAACAUCAUUCCCAUCAGUUUGCGUGUGAACCUGGACAUGGGCAAGAUCGUGUACAGCUGGGUGAUUCGCCGGGAUUCCAAAAUCCCUGGGACGGUGGUGCGCUCCAGCACGAUCCCCGAGCAGCUGGGCAGGAUCUCCUACCUGCUCACAGACAAGACAGGAACUCUUACCCAGAAUGAGAUGGUUUUCAAGCGCCUUCACCUGGGAACGGUGGCCUAUGGCCUGGACUCCAUGGAUGAAGUGCAAAGCCACAUAUUUAGUAUUUACACCCAGCAGUCGCAGGAGCCGCCAGCUCAGAAGGGUCCCACCGUCACCACCAAGGUCCGGCGGACCAUGAGCAGCCGCGUGCACGAGGCCGUGAAGGCCAUCGCCCUCUGCCACAACGUGACGCCCGUGUACGAGUCCAACGGCGUGACCGACCAGGCGGAGGCCGAGAAGCAGUAUGAGGACUCCUGCCGCGUGUACCAGGCGUCCAGCCCCGACGAGGUGGCCCUGGUCCAGUGGACGGAGAGCGUGGGCUUGACCCUGGUGGGCCGAGACCAGUCUUCCAUGCAGCUGAGGACCCCUGGCGACCAGAUCCUGAACUUCACCAUCCUGCAGAUCUUCCCCUUCACCUACGAGAGCAAGCGCAUGGGCAUCAUCGUCAGGGAUGAAUCGACGGGAGAAAUCACCUUCUACAUGAAGGGGGCGGACGUCGUCAUGGCUGGCAUCGUCCAGUACAAUGACUGGCUGGAGGAAGAGUGCGGCAACAUGGCCCGGGAGGGGCUGCGGGUGCUGGUGGUGGCCAAGAAGUCGCUAGCGGAGGAGCAGUAUCAGGACUUUGAGGCCCGCUACGUCCAGGCCAAGCUGAGCGUGCAUGACCGCUCCCUCAAAGUGGCCACCGUGAUCGAGAGCCUGGAGAUGGAGAUGGAGCUGCUGUGCCUGACCGGCGUGGAGGACCAGCUGCAGGCCGAUGUGCGGCCCACGCUGGAGACGCUGAGGAACGCGGGCAUCAAGGUGUGGAUGCUGACGGGGGACAAGCUGGAGACCGCCACCUGCACAGCCAAGAACGCACAUCUGGUGACCAGGAACCAGGACAUCCACGUCUUCCGGCUGGUGACUAACCGCGGAGAGGCCCAUCUUGAGCUGAACGCUUUCCGCAGGAAGCACGACUGUGCCCUGGUCAUCUCUGGAGACUCCCUGGAGGUUUGUCUCAAGUAUUAUGAGUACGAGUUCAUGGAGCUGGCCUGCCAGUGCCCAGCGGUCGUCUGCUGCCGCUGCGCCCCCACCCAGAAGGCCCAGAUCGUGCGCCUGCUGCAGGAACGCACUGGGAAGCUCACCUGUGCCGUAGGGGACGGUGGCAAUGACGUCAGCAUGAUUCAGGAGUCCGACUGCGGCGUGGGGGUGGAGGGGAAGGAAGGAAAACAGGCUUCGCUGGCGGCCGACUUCUCCAUCACGCAGUUCAAGCACCUCGGCCGACUGCUCAUGGUGCACGGCCGCAACAGCUACAAACGGUCGGCCGCCCUCAGCCAGUUCGUCAUCCACAGGAGCCUCUGCAUCAGUACCAUGCAGGCGGUCUUCUCCUCUGUGUUCUACUUUGCCUCCGUCCCUCUCUAUCAAGGAUUCCUCAUCAUCGGGUACUCCACGAUUUACACCAUGUUCCCCGUCUUUUCUCUGGUCCUGGACAAGGACGUCAAGUCAGAGGUGGCCAUGCUCUACCCCGAGCUCUACAAGGACCUCCUCAAGGGGCGACCGCUGUCCUACAAGACCUUCUUAAUAUGGGUCCUGAUUAGCAUCUAUCAAGGGAGCACCAUCAUGUACGGGGCGCUGCUGCUGUUCGAGUCGGAGUUCGUGCACAUCGUGGCCAUUUCCUUCACGUCGCUGAUCCUCACCGAGCUUCUCAUGGUGGCGCUCACCAUCCAGACCUGGCACUGGCUCAUGACCGUGGCGGAGUUGCUCAGCCUGGCCUGCUACAUCGCCUCCCUGGUGUUCUUACACGAAUUCAUCGAUGUGUACUUCAUCGCCACCUUGUCCUUCCUCUGGAAGGUGUCUGUCAUCACCCUGGUCAGCUGUCUCCCCCUCUAUGUCCUCAAGUACCUGCGAAGACGGUUCUCUCCUCCCAGCUACUCGAAGCUCACGUCGUAGGCUCGGCACUCGGUGGAGGGGACCUGGCCUCUGGGCUUUCCUGGUGGACAGAGUUCAAGUUCCAUUUGUGUCACCGCCACCUGUGGAUUUUGCAGUCAUCGCUAACAUGUGCAGUUUCGGUGUGGCCAGGCUCUGUGCUCUGUGUCGGGACCCAGUCCCAACGCUGAAGAAUCAGGAGGGAGGGUCCUGAGGUCCCCAGUGUGCCUGUGGGAGCCCUGUGGCCCUGUAGCCCUGUGGGAGUGAGCGUGAACACAUAGCAGCCGGGUGGCUCCGCAGAGAGGCUUCUGCAGGCCCCGGGCAAGCUCCUUAUGACUUGAAUUUUGUUGUCAUGUGAUAAAGCUUCUGUCUAGUUGAA